CGUCAUAGCAACUUUUUGAUCUUGUAAUGGUGACAAAUAAUCUAGACUCCAACUGCAAACUUUGAAGAUCAAAUUCAUAUACUGAAGAAAUAUGAAUAACAGAAAAAAAAGUAAACUUUCGGCUAAGGAAAUACUUAUUAGGAACAGAGAACGAAAAAGGCUUCAGAAAAAUGAAACGAGUAGAAAAUCUUAUGGAAAGUUGUACAAGAAUAAAGAGAGCGAGACAAAAACAGAUAGUCAAACGAUUAAUGCAAGAAAAAAGAGAGAACAAAGGGAGAAAUCUAAGAAAAUAAAUGAAAGAAAACUGAAAAAAUAAAAUGAAUGUCCGUAAACACAGAGGUAAAAAAAAUGUAGAACUUUCAUCAAUGUCACUUGUUGUACCAGAAGGUUCAAAUGUUUUCAAAAACAGAAUGGAAAAGGCCAGAGCCCUAAGAAAAUUUAAAGAAGGUUUACCAAAAUCUCCAUCUAAACGAUGCGCAGUUAUAUCGACUUAUUUGGCCCGCAGAUCCCCUCGAUCGCCAACAAUAGCUAAUCUGAAACAUUCAGUUUCGCCAGUUGAAAUGGCCGUCGUUGCAGAUAUUCAAGAAAUAAUAAAAUCUACAAAAUUAAAGCGAUCUAAGAAUGCACGUUCGGUAAUGAAUUCUGUUACUGCAUCAAUCAGCGGGGAAAAUUUAGCAAACUCGAGAGGUAAAAUUAAACUGUGUAAAAAUUUAGGUUUGCCAGCAAGAAGGGUUGCUGGAGGCCAGCGUAUUAGGUCUAGAAUUCUUAAAAGUGAAUCGUCUGCAUGGGCUCUUACGCAACAGAAAACAAGAAAAGAUUCCAUUUCAGAAGAAACAAAGAAAACAGUUUAUAACUUUUGGCUCUCUGAUGGCAUAUCACACCCGACCGGCAACAAAUCCGAUAUCAAAAGAGAACGAUUGGGACCAAACUUAUAUACUUCGCAUAUGACACACGUGCUGGAAAAAACACAAACUGAUGCGUAUUUAGAUUUUGUCGCCAAAUAUCCGGAAAUUAAAAUUGGACAAAGAGCAUUUGAGAAACUUCGACCGUUUUUCGUAAGACCUGCAUCUGAAAAAGAUAGAAAUACAUGCUGUUGUAGAUAUCACGUGGAAGCAAACCUUGUUUUCAAAGCAUGUAUGAAGUUCAGAAAAUCGUGUGACAGGGAAACCGAUUCGCAAGAAAGUGACUAUCCCGUAUUUGAGAAAAUGUCAGACCUUAUACAUAUUACGCUAUGUCCAAAAGUAAAUGGAUUUUAUAGAAAAAAUUGUCUUGACCGAAAAUGUAGCCUUUGCGGAGUUGGUAAUUUCAAACUUUCACCCAACGAAUCACAGUCGUCUUCAACUGUUGAAUGGCAAAAAUAUGAAUAUAUAACUGAAAAAUCGAAGGGUAAAAAUGUAAGACGCCGACUGACCCUGAUAAAAAAGAAAACUAGCGUAAACGAAAUGUUUCUCAAUUUAAAAAAGCUUCUCGAAACUUUCCCCGCUCACCAGCACCGAUCAAACUGGCAAAGCAAUCAACUUAAAAGUCUUGUUCAGAACUUGCCAGUCAAUCAUUGCAUAUGCAUCCACGAUUAUUCGGAAAAUUAUCGCUGUGUCGAGAAAGAAAAAAUCAAAUCCAAUUACUUCAAAGAACUGAAUGCAGCAUUCAUGUAA